AUGGCUUUUACAUCUUCAGAUUCAUUCGAGGCCUCCUAUCCUUCCGACAGUCGUCGACGCAGCCGUUUAAUCUCAUCGUCGCUUGUAUCUUGUCCGAGUAUUCCUCCGCGAAGUGUGGUGAGGAGACAGGAGUACGACGGUUCCCUACGCGAGCAUUUGCUACGAUACACCGGUCAGUCUGGCUACGGUGCCUCUCGAGACAAACAAAGACGUACGACGGACACCGCUGGUGCAAGCGUCGCAGCGGGCAGAGGGUACGAAAGUCCUACAAGGCGGAAGCGAAGAAGUGAACCUUCGACCGACAUCUUUGAGCUGCCGGAUGACAGUGGGCGCCUACUCACUGUUAGCCAUCCGCCGGUGACCAUUACACAGGGGGUGGAUAUAUCGUCCAUCCCCUUGGAUACGUCAAGUCGAAGAACCACUAUCUUUGUUGGCCACAGCUACCCACCACAAGUUCAACCACCGCCGACCGUGGCGGCAAGACACGAUCCCGGACGACGCCUAAGCGCUGAAUGCAUCUCGAAAAUGCAUCGUCCGGUUGAGAGGGAGGACUACCUGGUCGCUCGUGGUGCUAAUUCGAGGACGGGAAUUGUGACACCGGGAUAUCACAGUGCCAACAGUUCUCUUGAUCGGGAUGAAAUAGCGAGAACUCAAGGCUCAGUUCCUCCAAACCUAUGGAGGCAAAAGGGUGACGAGUGGGUCAGUUUCGAUCAUGAUCAAUCGAUGCCAUUUUCCACCCACUCAAAGACUAUGCUGCCAGAACCACAUUAUUACAAGCUCCGGACACCAACGAGACUUUCAACCGGAAUUCGAAACAGUUCUGAAGAAUACCGGUCACCACCAAGUCCUAGAGAUGUGCACAAGACAACCACUGGAAUCCCAUCACAGAACAGGACUGCCACGUAUGACUUUGACCCACGCGGCCGCGGGACACCGAUGUCCGUAACCAACACUGCAAAUUUACCAUUGAACAGUGAUCCAGGAGAUGAGCCCAUGGUGCGGCGACGGCCUGUGGGCAGUCCACCUGCAAAGACUCCGCCGCCGGAUCGUGACUUUCAAGGAUUCGAAGGUAACAACGGCAGUGAUGACACGAUUCUCAAGAAGCCAAGGUUCAAUACGGAUUUGCGUUCUUCAUCUGCACCAAUUCCUCCCAGACUGCGAAUCGUCAGUCCUUACAAUGUCGACAAAGACCUUCCGACGCUCCCAGGAAACGCUGCAUCUCCGGCUAUAGAGUCCAUGCGGACAAAAGCUGCAGAGGAUUCUUUUUUAGAUCAACAAAUGCCCGCAAUGGCAUCCAGAGUCCCAAAAUCAGAGACCCCGAACACCUCUGGCCGUCCCCUGAUCGAAAAAGAACUACCAUGUCUGCCGAUGAACAGUGGCCAAUCCCCGUUGAUACAGGCAUCGACGCCGCCCGGGGCGGAUAUGAAGGAAAGCAGCGGAGAAACAUUCAAACCCCCUUCAUCGCGGACGGCACCCCCCCAAGGUCCGAGAGGCGGCGAUCCAGCUUACCCGAACGUCCGCAUAGCAAGGCCACCGCACCAUACGCCUACACCGACAAAACGACCCAACGCUCCUAUGGGGGAAAGGAUGAUGGCAAUACCGGUGUACGACAACCCGCCGAAGCACCCAUCGUCUUUGACGCGGAUGACAGGGCCAAAGGCAGAAGGUCCCAGGUCGAUGCCGGAUCCACCAAUGAAGCCGGCGAACAGGCUACAGGAGGAUUUCAACCCAUUGCUGAGUACCACUACCACACGCACAGACAUGUACAUGAGCAGACCGAAUGUUCCCAGACCACUUCGCAUUGGUCCAAGACCGUUGAUGCCGCAAGCGCGGAUGAUGGGUCAUGGCCGGCAUGGUUUGGGACCGAGACCACCUCCCCUAGGUUCAUCAGACAUCAUCAUGAACACAGGGAUGUUUUCCAACACAGACAGCAUGAUCUCAGCGCCACUCCCAAGAAUAAGACCGAGGGCAAUGACUCGACCUCAAAUGCCUGUGCGAGCAGACGGCAUGUACGGGGUACCAACAAUGGGGCCGAACCACAACCGAGCCAACACCACAGGGGUAGAAAAUCCCCAGUUAUGGAGAGACGAGGAAAUAAAUCCCAUGAUAAGGCUCAAUCCUCCAGAGGCAGAGCCCGACCUGGUUCCACCACCGCUGAAGCUCCGACAACCAAGUCACGAGCUCGCCCCGCCCCAGGAGAUACUCAUCAACAACGAGCUGACGACGAAAGGCCUGGGCUUGUUGAGGAAAUGCAGCCGUUGCCAUCACGGCUUCGUGGACGUCAAGCCACGCAGUAUGGAUAGUGUCACCCCUAUGUCAGGCCGCCAGAAGGACGGCGUCGGAGCAAGCGAGGUCUCUAGGAAGCUACAUCCCACUGGAAGUCCGCUACCAGGGUUGCCGGAGGAUAUUGAUGAGGGUGCAGUGGCCUCAUCGAAUGUAUCUUCGAAGUCACCCAAGGCCGACGUUGUCGACGAACGCGACCACACUAUUUGUUGUCCGGAUUGUUGCAAGGACGAAGAUUGUCAUGAAGGGUGUUUAGGACAUCCAAGUCCGACUUCCACACCGAGUCCAACGAAAAGCAUAUGGUCCGCAUCGCAAAGCCCCAGCAGCGCAAGCGAGGUAGAAGAAUGGGAAUACCCUGUCGAGGCAAAGACGAGUGACAGAGGGAAUACAAGCGGGCUUGCUUUCAGUAGCAACGCCUCCACAAGGCCACCAAAGAACGGUAAUUCAAAACACACUUCCGGAGGUAGCAUCUCUCCCAUCGAACUGUCAGCACAACCCCGGACUCCUGGGAGUCUGUUUGCAGAGGACUCAUCCGGCCAUUCAUAUGAAGCCGUGGCGGCAGCUCGCAAAGCCACAGGGUCAGCAACGUCAAAACAGCACAGCCAUGGUAAUCCCCGAAGACAAAUGGGAUGCAGUUCGCCUGUGCUCGGAGUUGGCUUACAAGUACCAGAAGCAUCUGGUGGUAGUCAAGGCCCUCGGACCGCCAGUGGAUCUCGCUUGAGGGUUCCUACCCCUGUAGGUCUCGCCAUUGCCUGUUCCGAGGCCUCGAGAAGCCGGAACGUCAGCGGGACCAGUAUAUCUACAUUGGAUCUGUCACUCUCUGGUCUCGGAUCUCUGGCAUAUGGCAACGCCGUUGGAGAAUUGCUGGUAGUACCGUUUCAAGCAGCCAAGAUGUGGAUCCAAACGCAUCCCCAAGUAACGAAAGUCGGCUGGGACGUCUUGGAACGAGCAUGGCAGAUGGGCCAGACUAUGACCAUAACAGGCUUGCGUCUGUGGGCCGUCGUCCUCGUCUACUCCAAAACCGGCAAGUUGAAGUUAAAAAUGGCCAAGGGAGAGACUGCCGGUGGCUUUGUAGUCGAUUGUGCCAGAAGCUUCGUCUAUUUGUUGAUGUUCAUGGCGGUCACGGUCUUUGUCAUUCGAGUCGUGAGAUUCGGAUUGGGCGUGGCCGGUAUUAUCGGGUUGCUUUUCAAGGCUGUUUUCUGGAUCUUGAAGCAAGUGUUGGGCUUUGGGCUCGCUCGUUAG